AUGGACGCAUACUGCAAAGCAGUACGACGCCUGGAGGAAAAAUUCGACGGCCUCGAGCUUAACCACGUAUCAAGGAAAUACAAUGAGGUCGUCGACGCGCUCGCCAAGAUGGACGACGAGGGGUCGGAUAAGCUCCCAAGCAAACCAGAUCCUGACCCCGAGGCUUCCACCGAUCGGGAGCAGGAGGCCAUGGACAUCGAGUCCGAGCCUCCUGCACCUGACGACUCGCCAGAUUGGCGCUACCCUUUGCUGCAACGCCUCGUUGAUGGCACCCUGCCCCCAGAACAGGCCGAGGCAAGGCGCGUGGCUCGUCGCGCCAAGACCUUUACCCUCCUCGAUGGAGAAAUGUACAAGCGUAGCCCCUCGGGCGUCCUUAUGUGUUGCAUCCAACGUCAGGAGGGGAUCAAGCUCCUGCAGGACAUACACUCAGAGGCUUGUGGCCACCACGCCGCCCCUCGAACACUGGUAGGAAAUGCCUUCCGACAAGGUUUCUACUGGUCCACCGCCGUGGCUGACGCCACGGAGAUCGUGCGGACCUGUGAGGGAUGCCAGUUUUACGCUCGGCAGAUUCAUCUCCCUGCUCAGGCUUUGUAG